AUCGGAAGCUUGAGAGAGCAUUUUCUUUCGCCAAAAUAAUUUUCAAUGCACGAUACGAUGCGAUGCGGUGGUUGUUUUGUUUUUAUUUUUGCUUUUUUUCAUCUCUUUAUUUUAGUUUUGUCGAAUUGUUGGCACUAAUGUCAACCGAAUACAAUCAGAAUCGAGUUUAGAUUCUUUUUUUUCGUAUGCGUUCAGUGGCGUUUUGUUCCGUGAAUGAUAAAAAAAAACGCUAUAGCCAUGCGAAUAUAUGAUGUACACAGUAUGAAGUGUUUUGGGAAUGUGUGCGUGCACGUGUAUGUAUAUGAACUUAGAAUGGUUGUGAGCGCGCGUAGACUUUGACACCAGCCGAUGUUUCGGCGAAUUGGUUUCAAAUACCGACGAUGUAAAGUGAUUUUGACAAGAGCACAUCGACGAAGCAAGCCGAACUGCUGAUGUGUGCGUGCAUCAGUUGGUGACGGUACUUGAUGUGACGCAGCCAACUAAACGCACACAUUCACAGCGCAGCUCACGAGCACAGCGAAAAGCCAACGAGUAAAAAGUUCUUGCUUCAAUCAGCUAAAAUACCAGUUCUGCUCUUCACUUUCCGCACAACGGUGGUUCAGUGAACACACUAUUCGAUCCAACGUAUAACAUUCAAUAGGCUUACGCCCUAGUGUAUUUAUCAACCCGAUUUGACCGAAGAAUCAACAAAAAACAGCUAAAAUGGGAUUUGACGUAACCGCUUUCCUUAAGGAUUUUGCCGCCGGAGGUAUCUCCGCCGCUGUCUCAAAGACAGCCGUAGCUCCAAUUGAACGUGUCAAGUUGCUUUUGCAAGUUCAAGCCAUCUCAAAGCAAAUCAAAGCUGACCAACAAUACAAAGGUAUCGUUGAUUGCUUCGUUCGUAUUCCAAAGGAACAAGGUUUCACCGCUUUCUGGCGUGGUAACUUGGCCAAUGUCAUCAGAUAUUUCCCAACACAAGCUUUGAACUUUGCCUUCAAGGACAAGUACAAGCAAAUCUUCUUGGGUGGUGUUGAUAAAAAUACUCAAUUCGGACGUUACUUCGUUGGUAACUUGGCUUCGGGUGGUGCUGCUGGUGCCACAUCGUUGUGCUUUGUCUACCCAUUGGAUUUCGCACGUACCCGUUUGGCUGCUGAUGUCGGCAAAGGUGGUGCCCGUGAAUUCACAGGUCUUGGAAACUGCUUGACCAAAACCUUUAAGUCCGAUGGUCUUGGCGGUUUGUACCGUGGUUUCGGUGUAUCAGUACAAGGUAUCAUUAUCUAUCGUGCCGCUUACUUUGGUUUCUACGAUACUGCUCGUGGUAUGUUGCCAGAUCCAAAGAACACACCAAUCUACAUCUCGUGGGCCAUCGCUCAAGUCGUGACAACUGUUGCUGGUAUCGUGUCAUAUCCAUUCGACACAGUCCGUCGUCGUAUGAUGAUGCAAUCGGGUCGCAAGGCCACCGAAAUCAUCUACAAGAGCACCAUCCACUGCUGGAGCACAAUUGCCAAACAAGAAGGAAGCGGUGCCUUCUUCAAGGGUGCAUUCUCAAAUGUCCUCCGUGGUACUGGCGGCGCUUUCGUGCUUGUGUUGUACGAUGAAAUCAAGAAGUUGUUGUAAAUUUAUUUUUAAAACUUAAAUUUAAAACACGAUAAAUACACUAAAAAAAAUAAAAAAAAAAUCGUUAAAAAAUAGUAAUCUGAUAAAAAAAAUCAUUUCACCGUAAAAAAAAUUCCACAACAAAAUGGACAACUAACCGUAUUAUGAAACAAACAAAAAAAAAUGUCAAUAAAUCUGAACUGAAACAGAAGAUUUCAAAACAACAACAACAACAACAAAAAGAAAAUUCUACAAUUGCUUGGUGAUGAAUUGAUUCAAACACUAUUUAUUUAGGUGAAGCUGUUGGGUAUUAUGAUACGCUUGAUGCGCCACCAAAAAUAAAAAAAACCAAUUUCAGUAAAAUUUGCAUAGACUUGUAAACGCUCCCACACAACAAAUGGAAACAGAGCAAUAAAACAUAUAAUAUUUUGUUUGGUGUGAACCAAAUGAUAA